AUGGCUACCACUGGCGAAGACAGAGCGGUGGAGAUGGCGCCAGUCUCCCCGAUCCCCUCCACGAAUCCCAAGACGGCUGUUUUGCAUGAUCAUGGCGAUGCAGCUCUCGACUUUCUUGAACACCACGAAGCUGUGGCAUACACAGCCGAGGAGGAGAAAGGAGUCAUCCGAAAGAUUGACAAGGUGUUGAUGCCCCUGAUGAUCAUCUCCUACACCAUUCAAUUCAUGGACAAGAGUGUCAUGGCUCAAGCCGCUGUCUACGACUUGCUCACUGAUCUGAAAUUGGUUGGUCAGCAAUACUCAUGGUGCUCAUCUAUCUUCUACUUCGGGUACCUGGCGUUUCAACCAUUUGCCGCACGGCUUCUGUCUUAUCUGCCGCUGGGACGAUUCGUUGCGUACACCUCACUGGUCUGGGCGAUCAUCCUGUUUUGCACCGCUGGAGCGAGCAACUUCCAAGGCCUCAUGGCUCUGCGCUUCUUCUUGGGCAUGUCCGAAGCUGGUAUCUCCCCAGCCUAUGUGCUGAUCACGGGUACUUGGUACAAGAAGGAUGAGAUCCCACUGCGCAUCACGCUGUGGUAUUGCGGCAAUGGCUUUGCCAUUAUACUGCAGUCGUUUAUCGCGUACGGUGUAGGACACAUCCACGUGAAUGGGGUUCCGGUCUGGAGAUGGUUCUUUAUCAUCUUCGGACUAGUAGGCCUUGUCUGGGCUGCUGUUCUCUGGUUCUUCAUGCCCGAUACCCCUUUGACUGCGUCGUUCUUGAACGAGCGUGAGAAGGCUAUUGCCAUUGAGAGACUCCGGGAAAACCGCACUGGCAUCAGCAAUCAAGAGUUCAAGAAGGAUCAACUUUGGGAAGCUCUGCUGGACAUCAAGGUUUGGUAUGGUUUCUUCUACAGCAUUGCCUGUGUCGUCCCCGCAACGGCAGUAGCCAACUUUGGAGGUCUCAUCAUCAAGGGGUUUGGCUACGGCAGCUUUGAAACAUCGCUGCUUAACACACCGCUUGGUCUGACCGAGAACAUCGGCCUCAUCGCCUCAGGGCUUCUCACAUACUACUACCCCAACACGCGCUGUUUGGUGCAGUUCCUCUGCAAUGUCCCCGCCAUCAUAGGGUCGGUUCUUGUGUACGCCCUUCCGGCUCAGAACAAGGUCGGCCGGCUUAUUGCAUUCUACUGCACCAACUUCACCAACGGGUCCCUGCCGAUGAUGUUUGCUCUCACGACCACCAACAUCGCCGGCCACACGAAGCGAGCCGUCGCCAGCGCGAUUCUCUUCGUUGGCUACUCCAUCGCGUUCAUCAUUGGCCCGCAGUUCUUCCUCCAGAGCGAGGCCCCUGGAUAUGCAACGGGCUUCAAGACCAUGAUCGUCAUGUUUGCCAUUGCCGCCUUCGCACCAGGCCUGUACUACCUGUUCAUGAUCUGGGAGAACAAGCGCAAAGCCAAGAAGCUGGCUCUGUCCGAUGACAUCAACGUGCCCGUAGAGAAUGAAGAGUUCUUCGAUCUCACGGAUAAGCAACAGGCUCGCUUCGUAUACUCUAUGUAA